GAGCUACAAGAGGUGCAAGGGGGGGAGGGCACAGUAGAGUGGGAGGGCAAGCCCGGGCAUCGUUCGCUCUCAUUGUACAGAACCCGAGUCUCCUGAUCCAUUCAGACGAUCGCCGGCUCCUCUCGCCGGACUUAACCAUCGAGGCUGUCGCUAGGCUUGGCUGCUCCUCCGGCCCAGCCUGUCUCCUCCGUUCCUUGAACCUGACCCCGGUUCCGCAAACGCGGCUGCAGCAAAAGGUGCCAGCCAUGCCAGGGCUUUGGGAUCGAUUUUCCUCCUCUUCCUCGCGGCCGUCCUCUCCGGAGCAGCCGCAGCAGCUCCCGGCCUGGGCGACGGCGGCCCGAGGAGAAGGGCUAGGCCGCUGCGCGAGUCUGGAGAGCUCCGACUGCGAAUCAUUGGACAGCCGCAACAGUGGCUUCGGCCCGGAGGAAGAUACGGAAUACCUGGACGAAGUGUCGCUUCCCGACUUCGACCUGCUCAGUGAUCCCGAGGACGAGCAUCUCUGCAGCAGUCUGAUGCAGCUGCUCCAGGAGACCCUGAGCCAGGCCAAGCUGGGCAGCAAGCGCCCGGCCCGCCUUCUUAUGCCCAGUCAGCUGGUGGCCCAGGUGGGCAAGGAGCUCCUGCGCCUGGCCUACAGCGAGCCCUGCGGCCUGCGGGGGGCCCUGCUGGACAUCUGCGUGGAGCAGGGCAAGAGCUGCCACAGCGUGGAGCAGCUGGCCGUGGACCCCAGCUUGGUGCCCACCUUCCAGCUGACCCUGGUGCUGAGAUUGGAUUCUCGCCUCUGGCCCAAGAUCCAGGGACUUUUCAGCGCCGGGCCGUCCUCCUUCACCCCUGGCUUCAGCCAGUCCCUUAGUCUGAGCACCGGUUUCCGGGUCAUUAAGAAGAAACUGUACAGUUCGGAACAGCUCCUCAUCGAAGAGUGCUGAGAGCCCGGCCUUGCCCCCCGCCCACAGGACAGUAGCAGGGAGGGGGCGCCGCGAGCUGGCCGAGGUGGGCAGGAGAUGGAGCGGCCUUUGUGCAAAACUGACUAGAGCCACCACUGGGGGGGAGGUCCCUCACGGAGCCCGGAGGUGUGUGCAGGUGGCUGAUGGAGAGUGGAUCUGGCUCCUUGCGAGAGGCCGUCGCUUCCCCCGUGGGGGGAUGGGGAGCGGCAGAAGCCCCCAGGGGCCAGCCACGAUUCUCCAAACUGAUAUGUAGCAUGAAUUUCCUUAUUUUAUUGUUAUUAUUGUUAUUAUUACUGACAGUGAAGACGACAAGUAGUGGGGUGAUGUUGUGGAGACCAGAACUGAGCAGCUGGGCUGUUGGUCCUGGUCCCUUUGCAAAAGGGGGUUACGUGUGCUUGUGUUUGACGAGGGUGGGGGUGGGGGGAGUUCCUAGAAGAUUGUUCUGUCAUUUUUGUCCUGUGUGACUUAAAACCCAGGGUCUGAAGGGGCCAAGUGUGUAUGUUUUUCGGAUCAGCUUCACUACUACUGACCUGUUUUUAGGCAGCUAUCUUAGAGACUCACACGAAUGUUGGAACACAGGAAGGGUUUGGGUGUUGGGAAUCUGCAGAUUCGAACACUUGGAAGAGGGGGAAAAAAUGACUGCUGGGAGAUGCUGGGGCCAAGCAGUGGCGGAGGGGGCUGGAACCCCCUCCCCAAAGUAGUGCCAUAUGGGGCUUCCAUCUAGAACCGUUUACGUGAAUACACUUGAUGUUCAAGUAUUAAGACCUAUGCAAUAUUUUUUACUUUUCUAAUAAAAAAGUUUGUUACA